AUGUCUCGCCGAUCUCUUGAGUCUCAAAGGCCUAUUAUGGCUCCCAGUCUCACCUCCAAGCGCACUUCCAAACGCUACUCAACCUACUCGGCCUCUCCGUCCUUUGCUACCACCACCAGCAACAUCUCAAACUCGCAAACUCUCGUUUCUGGCUCUGGUACUGCAAAUAUCACCGUCAGCCCCGAAACCGGCUUGGCAGAGAUCCGCCACCUCACUCAAGGCCUGGACCGGCUGGAAAACAAACGCCUUCAGCAGCAGCGCUUUGUGCCCUCCCAGAAGAAGACCGAUGAUCUCAGCAAACUGAGCCUGGGCGCAAAGGUCGAGCGCGCACUAGGCAGGAGAAUGUCAGACCAAGAUGCCGUCCUCCGCGUAAAACGGCCCGUGGCAAAGAAGACCAAUCCGUUCACCAUUAUUGAUGAAAAGGCUGCUCUCAAGAUAUGA